UUCUGCCCUCAAAAAUUCGUGGAAAUUGAAAAUAUUGCCGCUCAAUUUUAUUCGUUGCCCAGUGAUUCUCAAACGACUCGUGUCAAAUGGUGACUUCAAUAACAUGUACCGUUACCGUAACCUCAAACGUAAACAAAUGGGAACAAAUCAAAGAAUGCACGAAUAAUCACAUUAGUCAGUAUUAUUUAUCAUCAAGAUGGAUCUAAACAUCGCUGAAAACGUUUGUAGAUUAUGUGCUAAUAAGGGAAAACAAUAUCAUCCCAUUUUCGAUUCGAAAACCAAUCCAAUAGCUGAGAAGAUCAACAAUUGUUUACCAAUAGAGAUUAGAGAAGACGAUAGACUUCCAUCUCACAUUUGCCCUGGAUGUCUCGAAGCUCUGGACAUAAGCGAUAAACUGAGAGCCCAAUCUCUGGUAGCUGAUGAGAUAUUGAGGCAGCAAUUGAAAGUUGUCUUGAUCGACAAAAUUAAACAGGAGAAAGAUGUGGAUACGGAUGAUGAAUCGCAGCCGAUGGAUACGACUGAACGAUUGUUCUGUGGUAUAUGUGAGAUCAAUUUUGAUGGCAUGACUGAGUUCGAUGAUCACAUGAAGGCAUCGCACUCUUCACAAUGGAUUUGUGAUCUUUGUCAUGAAGAUUGCAAGACAUCGGAGGAUCUGCUCCGACAUAAAUACAAAGACCAUUAUGACAGUAUUGAUCAGAAUGAAGAGGCUGACAUUGAUCUUCCCAAAGAUGAUGAUGUUCAUCAUCCUCCAGAAACUACUGUUGAUCAUUCCCAAGAGGCCGAGGAUUCCGGUGGCUCAGGAAAUACUUUAGGCCAUUAUGUCGAUGUGAAGGAAUUCAUCAAACCCAAAACGGAAGAUCAACUGAGUUUUCAGAGCUCUCUGGUGCCCUCGCAACCCAUAGAGAGGAGGAAUGGCGUUUGUAGUAUCUGUAAAGUGCCAAUUUCCACUGACAAUCUAAUGUCCCUCCACGCAAAGUUGCACAGGCCCCUGCAGAUCGCUUGUUCCACCUGCUGUCUCAAAUUCCCCACCCCCUACGAUCUCGUUACUCACAAGCAAAGCACGCACAAAGUGUAUGUAGAUCAGAAGAUGAAGUGGUUCUGUGAGAAGUGCGAGAAAUUCGCAACGAGUGAUCAGUUCCUGAGACGACACAAGCUCUGCAAAAAGAUACAGCUGAUGUGCAAAUAUUGCACUCAGGAGUUCUCCCUAGAAUCUGAAUUACGAUUUCACCAAAAAAAAAAUCAUCACGACGAUGUGAUGAAGGAUCCAGAGCCUGAGACAAUGGAAUGUGAGACGUGUGGGAGGAUUUUUGAAGAUAAAAAUAAUUAUAAGUAUCACCUUCGAAAACAUCGCGAGACAAAUCAUGGAGCAAUCCCGUGCUCAUCAUGCGGGAAGAAAUUCGCAGAUGCUCGGGGAUUAAAAUGCCAUGUCAACGUUAUGCAUCACGGCCACUGGAAAUACAUAUGCGAUAUUUGUUUCAAGAGCUUUCCUGGCCCGAAAAAAUUGGAAAUGCAUAGGAGAAAACAUGUGAAUCAGAUGUGUCUAGAGUGCAGCGCGGCAUUCGAAAAUGCUGAGACCCUGGGCGCCCACUCGUUGCAGCAGCACAGUACGUCUAGAUCAUCUGCGGAAAAAUAUUUUUGUAAUUUUUGUGGCAGUAAGUUCCAGGAAUUGGAGCUCUUGAGAGAUCACGAGAAGUUUCAUGCUCGAGCACAAUCCCCUACCAUACGAUAUGGCGUGUUGGUAGAAGAGAAAUCCCCGUCAUGAGCGAGGGAAGCGAGGUUUAUUGGGCGUAGUAACGUUAAGGAUAUUUUUCGAUGUGUUCUUGCAUUAAUUGAAGAAUAAAAAAAAAUUAUUUCAA